AUGUCUACUACACCCACCCUGAGCCAAAGGCUGAAGGCUUUGCGCGCAGGUGAGCCCAAAGACAUUGUUCACGACUGGGAUUUUUGUCACCUUAGCCUUCAGCAGCUUGCAGAGACCAAGUUGGGUUUUGGCAAAACCCAUGCAACUAAAACCUUCGAGACUGUUUGGCUGAAUCGUCCAGCCUAUGUGCAGUGGUUUCUGGAUCACGAGUCCAUGUUGUCAAAAAAGCAGCAGCACCGCAUGUUCCUCCACUACUGUGAAUGCAUGAUCGAUCAUGCAGAGCUUCGGGGAACCAAAGUUCCAGCUCAAAGCCAGGGCACUGUGGCUGAAGAGUUUGCUGUGUUGGACACUGCGGAGCUUGAUGUGUGGGACACUGUGGACGCGGAGUUGAUGGAUCCGGCAAAGCUUCAGGAAACCAAAGUUCCAGCGCAAAGCCAGGGCAUUUUAGCCGAAGAGCUUGAUUUGAAAGCGAUCCUGAAGCGUGUUGAGGACUUGGAAGCUAAAGUGGUGCAGUUGGGGAAGGCCUUGAACUUGGCGACCGCCAA